AUGAAAUUAACUGAGGAUGACGUUUGUCUGUUGGAGUUCUCAUCGUAUCAAGAAUAUCUUCAGAGCCUUGUAACUACGCAAGAUCUUCGAUAUCUAGGGCAUGAAGAAAAUGGAAUCCGUUUAUAUCAAACGGGAUAUAGGUCACUGACCCAGGCUGCAUUCGAAAGUCGUCGAGCUGAAAUAGCAGAUAUUUUGUAUGCCACCCAAGACCGUAAUGUGUAUUUUAGUCGAGAUAUACAAUCAUCGGAUCAUUUCCUUGGUGAAUUGGCAACACGAGAACGGCCAAAUAGACUAGGAAUGCUAUCGACUAUUAUUUAUAUUCGAUAUUAUCGGAAAAAUGCCGAAAUUUCUGGUUAUAUCGACUACGAGCAUGCUCUGAGGCGAACUAAUAAAGACAAAGAAAAUGCACUAGAUUGGAAGUUGAUUUUUAAAGGAGAACAGAUACUUUAUCCAACUAAAUUUGAUCUUUCCUAUUAUAACUCAAGAACAGAUAAGGUUUUUAAAAGGAACUCACGAAACUAUAUCGUAUCAUGCGACCCCUUUAGAGGUAUAGUUUUUAGGAAUAUACAUGAUCGUAAGGACAUCCUGCCAGAUCCGAUUGCAAGAUAUUUCGGAACAAAUACUACACGAACUGAACUUGAUAGUAACAUUCAUGAGCAAGUAGUUCUGUACGAUCAUGUCGUGCGCAAAAAUUUUUAAG